AUGCAUCCUGAGGAAACCCUUCAAAAUGCGUCGGGAUCUGAAAUCAGUGAACUGAGAGCAAAAAAGCUGCGGCAGGAUCAGGCUGCAUCAGAAGCUGAUGGAGAUAAAGGUGAUGAAGAAUUUAAGUUGAAGAGGAUACGUUCACUAGUAAAACGAAUCUUUGGAGAAAUUGAAGACGGAUUGCCGGCUACUAGCGAAAUUCUUGCAAAAUGCGAUUUACAGACCUUCUUAAAUCAUGAUGAUUUAACGGUAUUUAUUGACGACCUGAUUAUGAGGCGCAUUUGUUCUUUAAAGGAUAGUGUAAAUAAUGUCAUGGAAGUUGACUCCGCUUGUUCUUUGGGUAAAGCAUUACAUGAACCUCUAUUUGACAUUCCUUGCUCAUAUGCAGACUCAGUUCUUCGGUGGUUAAUGGCAGCGGAUGUCAGGGUUGAUGGCGAGAAUCAGAAUAAGUUUCUCAUGGAUUACGAAAGGUUUAUUCUGCCAAUUGUGAAGACGCGAAUUAUUGUCCAAACUAUUUAUUUCCUGCGAGGAUUUUAUACCCAGUUGGUACGUAGAGAAGAAGUAAUUGCGGUUUUCAUGCGUUUAAUGUAUCAACAAUCUGUGUCAAAUAAUUUUCUUUAUUUCAUGAUUGCAACUUGUGUGGAUUCAGAGAAAAUGGAUGAAGCAGCUCUUUCAGAGGUUUUUAACCCAGUUCUUGACAGUUGUCAUAACUCAAUGCGACACCAAUGCAUGGCGGACAGAAAAAAUGCACGUUAUGCUUUAAUGCCUUAUACACUCCUCCGAACUCUUAUCGGCAUCAAGUUGGUUUCAAGUAGGAGGCCUAUAGCCGACUUGCUUGUUUCUCGAGACGAUUUUAUCCCAGAUGCCACACUGGAAAUUGAAGGAAGAGAAUUCUCCAAGCUUUGCUAUUUGGGCCCUUUCUUUGCGUUUAGCAUUGCACCAAACGUUGAUGAACGGUAUUCUGAAUUCUCUCCGUUUUUUGAAUGUGACAAUCCACCCGAGCAAGUACAGAAGGCGAUGCUGUACGAACCAUAUUUAAAUGCCGUGCACUCAGUUCAACCUGACUUAUCUAAAGUUUCGUCAGAUGGUUUUAUGAUCAAUUUUCUAAGUGUCAUGCUUGAUCUUGUUGAGAAAGUAACUUUGGAGAAGGUUCAUACCCAUUAUCUUUUUCAUCCAAAAUGUCGCAUUAGUUUGAAGGACGAGACAAGAUUAAAGCUUUCUUUAGAGGAGGCAGCAGAAUUUGGGAAGACAGUUGAUGUUAAUUUCGAUUUGAAGUUUCCAACUGAAUGCUUCUAUUUGACGAUGCAGGCGUUACAUGUCUCAUUCACGUCAAGCUGCUCUCAUAUGAAGGGAUUAAGAAAUGCUUUGUAUCAGCUUGAUGCAAGUUUGAAAGAACUGCGUUUACAGCUUCAGCAGUUACAACUCCUAUUACAUCAAAAACUUGAAUUAGAGAUGCGUCUGAAAGAGACAAUGGCAGUUCGUUCGAAUGUAGUACGUGCUACAAUGUGUAUUGAAGCUUUGGUAACAGACAAUGUUCUCCUGCACCGUCUUUUGAGGUUUUGCAGUCAGGAAUUGACAUUUUUGGUGAAGCUAAUUAAUCCUGAAUUCCCUUUGAAUAAUCAAAAGUUCCCACAAGAAGCUCCUAAUAUUUUCUGUGCUAUGCCGCAGUUUUUUCUCGAGAAUGCGCUGGAGUUACUUGUUUUUCUGCUAAAGAGUAAACCCGAAAUUCUUCUCGAAUCGCGGAACGAUCUCACGGAACAGUUACUAGUCUUUGUUUGCAACACCCAGUACUUUAACAAUCCGUAUUUGGCUGCUAAUGUAGUGGAUGUUUUGUUUAUGGUAUGUCCAUCUGUUAACCCAGCUGCCUAUCAAAUUCAUAGGAGCAUAAUUAACAAUCCAUUGGCAAUCGAUAGUCUUUUUCCAAGUUUAGUAAAGUUCUAUGCAGAUGUAGAGACCACUGGAGCUAGUUCAGAGUUUUAUGACAAAUUUAACAUUCGUCGUUCUAUACAAGUGAUCUUUCGUUCUCUUUGGGAAAGUGCUGUUUAUAAGAGCAUAAUGAUCAACUAUGCAAGAAAGUGUUCCCCAAAGUUUAUUCGUUUUAUCAAUAUGGUUAUUAAUGACACAACAUACCUCCUUGAUGAGUCUCUGUUAGCACUGAAAAAAAUACACGAUAUUGAAACACUAAUGGAAACUUCGGAAUGGGAAAAAAUGAAUUUUGAGGAUCGGCAAAUGAAAGAAGGUAGUCUUGACGAUGCGAAAAGAGGAGUGAGAUCAUGGUUGAUUCUGGGGAGAGAUACUUUAGAUCUUUUUACGUAUUUUACUGCAGAUGCUCCCGAGCCAUUCCUGGGACAGAUGUUAGGAGAACGGCUGGCAUCAAUGUUAGACUACAAUCUUUCACAGCUUUGUGGACCGAAGUGCACGGAGCUGAAAGUGCGUGACGCAAUCCAUCGUUUUACGUGGGACCCUCGUUUUUUAUUGCAGCAGAUAGUUCAUGUUUACUUGAAUCUCUCCUCGGAUAAAUUUGCUCAGUACAUAGCCAGUGAUGAGGUCAGUCGUAUGGUUCCUGUAACUUAUUCACGAUCUUACCUCCCUGAAUUGUUCGAAAUGGCUCUGUCUCGUCUUUCGGCGAACAAUAUUGUACCGAUUAAUGAGAUCGAACGUUUCAAACAUCUAGCUGAUAUGGCUGAAGCGAAAUGGAAACAAAAAGCUCAGAAUGAGGAAGAUUUUGGUGAUGAUAUACCGGAGGAAUAUCGAGAUCCUGUUAUGAACACUCUGAUGGUUGAUCCAGUUAAACUACCGUCAGGAUUGGUUAUGGACAGGAAGCAUAUUCUAUGUCACUUGUUGAGUAGCCAAACCGACCCUUUCACCAGACAACCGCUUACCGAAAGCCAACUUGUUCCAGAUGACGAUCUGAGGGUGAAGAUACAAGAGUGGAUGAAAGAAAAACUAUCGAAGGCAAAAUGA